AUGCGGAGAUAUGCAGACGUGACUGACCAGAUUCGAAACGGAACUAGAUCUGAAAUGUCGUCGUCGGCUAGAAAGCGUGCUGCAACUCCAGGGCAAAAUAAAGUACGUGAAGGUUGUAACCGUGCAAAGCGGUCGUUCGAGAACACAGAUGCCGUGGAGGUUGUGUGCCGUCUGACACCAUACUUUGGUCCUACGCCUUGUCUCACCGUUGUCGAUGAAAACGUUGUAAGAUGUGUUCCCCCGCCUGGUUUCCAAAGACGUGAUGGUUCAAACUAUGCACCAAAAGACUUUGAAUUCGGAUAUGUUUUUGACGACACUGAUCGUCAACAAGCAGUAUUCGAACGUUGCACAAUCGAUCUCAUAGAGCACUUAUUGGCAGGCAAAAAUGGUCUCCUCUUCACGUAUGGUAUUACUGGUAGUGGGAAGACAUAUACGAUGACCGGCAAGCCUACCCCAGAGGAAACUGGUUUACUGCCUCGAACUUUGGAUGUUCUCUUCAACAGCAUCGAUAACAAAGCGGACCGUUGUGUAUUCUAUCCAAAUGGCCGAAAUGGCUUUGCUAUUCGUUCUAAACUUGAGGCCCACAUUGCCAGAAAACAAGCCGAAAUGGAACGUCUGCAGAUAAGCAGUGAAAUUGAACAGCGUUAUGUGGAGAAAAGAGUGGUUGGUCUUUACCUUUUCCAUUGCGUGCUAUGCCUUCCUAGGGUAUGGUUACAGGCUAGGUUACUGGUACAACUUCAGGUUCCCGGAUAUAAUGACGACUACGUCUGUGCUGUAUUCGUCUCCUACGUCGAAAUAUACAACAAUUAUUGCUACGACUUACUAGAAACGAAAAGCACCCUUACGAAACGGGAUACCCGUCUGGACGCCAACAAUAUGGUCUAUGUAGAAGGUGCGAGGGAGAUCGAGGUUGAAGACAGCGAUGAAGCUCUCCAGUUGUUCUGCAAGGGUGAAGAGCGACGGCGAACAAGUGAUACUAUACUCAAUAAGGAAUCCUCUCGCUCACAUUCUGUAUUUACAAUUCGUCUAGUGAUGGCACCUUCUGGGAAUUUACCCGACAAGCUCAGUUUGGAAUUGCAUCUAUUUAUAUCUCAAUUUAAGGAGAGCUCUUAUCCUUCGCACCCUGCUGAUGCCGACAGAAUUAUUGUUUCGCAGCUCUCCUUAGUGGAUCUCGCAGGCAGCGAACGUGCUAAAAGGACCAAGAAUGUUGGUGAUCGUCUUGCUGAGGCAGCAUGUAUCAAUAAGAGCUUGAUGGUUUUGCGACAGUGCAUUGACAAGCUAAGAAGGUGCCAGCGUCUCGGGAGCGGCGAGCAGAUUCCGUACCGUGACGCAAAAUUGACGCUGCUCUUCAAGAAUUUCUUCGAAGGUUCUGGUAAGAUACGGAUGAUCAUUUGUGCAAAUCCGAAGCCGGCGGACUUUGAAGAGAACUUGAAUGUACUUGCUUUCGCUGAGGAAUCACAAACGGUGCGCAUAGCUCGUGCGGAUGAUCGCCUAGACACUAUUGCGUCCUCAAGACCACCUGUACCACGUCGAUUCUAUACCUGUUGGAAUUAUGAGAUUGAUAACGCAAUUGCUUCGUCUAACGUCCCCCGAGUCAGCACGAGCAGCAUCUUACUCUCGGAUUUCAAUAUCAGGGACUACAAUGAUUCUACAUCGAUAGCUAAACUCAAGGAACGUUGUUUAGCUAUGUCUCAAAUCUCUAUUCGUGAAAAUCAGGACACCGUACGCGAUGGCGAACUUUCGCUGAGAAAUACGUUGUGCGUGGCUGAUUAUAAUAAAUUAGAGAUCGAGCAAUUACGCGCUCGUCUUAGGAAUUGUGAGGAACAAAAUGCAUCGUAUUCUGCAGAGAACAGAAAACUUAAGCGGGAAGUGCAUUCUUUACGUGAGAGAUUACAACGAUACGAAGAACAAGAUGAGCAAAUGCUCACAGUUGAGGAGCAGUUAAGACGCAGCGUUAAGGAAGAGAGAUCUCGGGCCAUGAGACAGGACCAGAAGUUGAAAGUGAUCCAAGACAUCUGUGACGCCGCAUCUCCUUCUGUUGCCCAACUUCGGAGCAAAUUUUCUGCGGGUACUAGUACCCCAUCUUCUAGUGUUGCUGUGGAAAAGCGCAAAGUGACCACGGCUAACCAGAUUGAAGGUACAUCACGAGAAAUAGGCCCACAACAUUGGGAUGUGCAAACACCAACUUCAGGACCCGGUUUUUUCAAUCCGAAAUAUCAUAGGAGGUCGAAGUCAGCACCAAGGAUUCUAGAUCAUCAACCAGCAAAUCGUGUUCCAACCGGUGGAGUUCUUCGAGUAAAGUUACCUACAAAUACGAAACAUGUAACGAAGCCUGAGCCACAUCAGUUACAAAAAUCUAGCGAUUAUGUGCUAACUCAUCAAGAAGUGGAUCAAGAUGGAAACAUUAGUACAAGUAUUGUAAAGGGUGAAUGUAUUCCAACAGCCGGUGGAGGAACUGCAGUACUGUUUAAUGAUGUUGAACAAGUUUCACACAGAACUCCAGGACGUGAACUUCGUAGUUUGCGAUCUGCUGCUAUCAAUUGA